GCUCUGGAUCGGAUCGUUCGUGUUGCUUCCUGAUAGCACAAUCAUUUCAAUUUAAUCGGGAGUUAAUAUAUAUGUAUGCGUACAUAUAAAUAAUACUAGUGGAAGUGCAGAUGCGCAUAUUCAUGGAUGUUUAAUCUUGUACGAUCGAAAAGUAUGAAGUCGAAAUACUUUGUAGCACGAUUUCUGUGCAUCUUCUUAGUUCUACUUAGCAUCCAUACAAAAUCAGCAGAUGCUGCCUGCGCACAAACUCAGUUUGAAUGCGAGAAUGGCAGCUGCAUCUCACAAUUUGAGGUGUGCAAUGGAGUCAAGAACUGUCCAGAUGGUACUGAUGAAACGGCAUUGAACUGCAUCUCACAGAGACAACAUUGCUCUAAGCCCUAUUUCCAGUGUAGCUAUGGAGCAUGUGUGAUUGGCACCGCAGCCUGCAACGGAGUCAAGGAGUGUGCCGAUGGCUCCGAUGAAACAGUGCUGCGAUGUGGCACCGAGGAUGACAAGCGGGAGUUUGAUCGCACGCUACAAGGCAAUUGCCAGCAUGAUGAAAUAAAAUGCCCUUCUGGCAUUUGUAUUGACAAAUUUCGCUAUCUGUGCGAUGGCAACGAUGAUUGUGGCGAUGGCACUGGCUUUGAUGAAUCUGUGACUAUGUGUGGCCAUCAAGAGUGUCCUGGCUAUUCCUUCAAAUGCGCCUCGGGCAGUUGCAUUUCCAAUCAGCUCGUUUGCGAUGGCAAAAUUAAUUGCUUCGAUGGCUCCGAUGAGGCGCCGUUACUUUGCAAUACCACAGCAGCCACGGCACCCAAGCUGCCAUCGAUUCCCGCGUCGCAAGCGGAUCACUUGGGAUGUCCGCUGCCCGAUGGCGAUGAGCGUCCCAUAUUAACCAAUGGUCAGGGUCAGGUGUUGACACCGCCCAUCAUCAAGCAGACGGUGAAGUUCAGAUGCAAUCGUGGCUACUUUCUGGAGGGUGAGGAGACCGGUUACUGUGCCAAUCGCAGGUGGAGUUUGUCCGUGGUGCCCAAAUGCGUGAGUGAGUAUCGAUUGCUUAAACAGUUGUCAGAACUCCCUCUCUAUUACUUUAUCUUGUUUGCAGAAUACUGCGAUUCCAAGCGGGAUGAAUAUGGCAAUGCCAAGGACCUCAUCAAUGGCUAUUCCACCAAUGCCACUUGCUCUGUGCACGGCGAAAUCGCUGAUUGCAAUCAACGCUAUCAUCCGCCAGGCACUGUGAUCAAAUUCAUUUGUGCCACAGGCUUCCAAACGCUCAAGACCUCGCUGCCGGAGAUGAAGUGCAUGCGUGGUGGCUAUUGGAAUCGUUAUCGUGAACGCUGCGAUCAAGAGUGUGGACAGAUUGCCACGCCUGUCAAGCAGUUCUCAGCGAAUGGACAUUCGAUUGGCGUUGCUGUUGUUCCCUGGCAUGUGGGCCUGUACUCCGAGUUGAAUGAGCGUGGUUUCACCUUCCUUUGCGGCGGUUCGCUGCUCACGCCUGACAUUGUCAUCACGGCUGCUCAUUGUGUCUUUAAUGAGGUGGCCUCGGAACCUUACUCCGAGGAGAUCUUUCGUGUGGUGGCCGCAAAGCUAUACAGAGGUUACACUGAUGAAACGGAGUAUGACAACAGGCGUCGCGUGAAUCAGAUUGUGGUGGCAUCUAACUACAAAGGCAGAGAGGAUAAUUUCUUCAAUGACUUGGCCAUGAUAAUACUGGAUGUGCCCUAUCGCCUGAGUGCUGUUAUACGACCCGUUUGUGUGCACUUUUACGGUUAUGCUGAGAAGGAGACCAUCAAUAACAAUGUGCACGGCAAAUUUGCCGGCUGGAACUUCAAGGAUCGACGUGAGCUGCAGUUUGUACCGGCGCAAUCGCAAAUGAAUUCCGUUUGUUCUGACAAAUUGAAGGAUAUUGGCCUCGAUAAGUUCUGCAUGUACACUUUGGGUCAAUCGUUGGCCUGUCACGGCGACAGUGGCGGAGGUUUCACUGUGGAGCGACGUACGGAUGCCUUCUCCCGGGAUCCCUUAAGGCAUUUUCUGUAUGGCAUCAUAAGCAGUGCACCAAAUGCUGGGCAAUGUGCCGAGAGUUUGACAACACUCACGAAUAUUCAACACUUUGAGGGACUCAUCACGAAAGCCAUAAAUCAUAGUGUCUAUACUCGAUCUUAAACCAAAAUAUAUAUCUACAUAUUUUUAGCUUUAACAAGUCAAACUACUCAAAACAAAACAAAAUGUACAACUUAUGAUAAAUGUAGAAAUCUGUGCUUUUCAAAAGACAUAUUUAAUGAUUUUCUAGAUCUUUUAAGAAAUUUAAAUACAAAUUUUAUAAGCAUAUUGACAAGAAA